AAGAAGGAAGGUCAAACCAAAUUCCGAUGUAUCUCAUGCCGUACUAUUCUUGAAGAAUACUGCAUAAUCAAGCGUGACGCAACUCGCCCCUUGUUGGUUGAAGACUGCAAGUAGUAGAAGUGUCACUCUUAAAUUUAUCUUUUUUCCUUGAUGUUUUGAAAUGUUAAGCUUAUGACACUUUUUUGUUGUUUUUCUUUUGCUCACCAUGAGCUAAAAUCCUUAUGUUGGUCAAUAAGAAGUUUAAUUAAAAGUAAUUUUUUUGUGUGAUGUGAUGUGAUUUGAAUUUCAUGACUUAUUUUAUCAUAUGAAUUAACGUUAUAAAAUAUUUAUCUUUAACUAGUCACCUUAGAAAUAGAUAAAAUGUUAUUAGAGUUGAGGAAUCCUCGGAUAAAUGGACAUCAUGAUAAAUACGGAUAAAAAAAGUAAGUAUGAAUACUUUUCAUUUAAUUACUUUAGGGAUAAAGAACUAAGACUAUAUGGGAAAGAAGAACUAAAUAUAGAAGUGCAUAGAUUCUAUUGUGAGAUUUAAGAAUUUGUUUAUUUACUGCACAUGUUCUGUCAUAUUACUAGCUCAUGUUCUUGUCUCAUUUGACAUAUUUUAUCACAUUAACACACUUGGUUAAAUCAUCAAAUGGAUCAUUGUCAAACAUAUUUUUUAACUCUUACUUCUUAGUUGUUAUUAUUCGUUUUAAAUUAGUGACAACAAUCAAUUAACAAUCUCUUAACUUGAAAAUCAACUAAGAUAAUACAAUCUCUUAACUUGAAAAUCAACUAAGAUAAUACAAUCUCUAUCUUAUUUUUAACAUUUGUUACCAUUUUGAUUGUGUAUCCUUACACAUACAAAACAACCAACAAUGAUUCAAAGGCACAAAACAACCAACAAUGAUUCAAAGGCAAUAAUAAGUGCAGAAAUAAUAACUCUUUGCUGACACAGAAGACGUGAAUUAUAGCCUUUACACAUCAGAUUGUUCCCUCUUUUUCAUUUUUAACUGCAAAGGUAUCGAAGUAUGAAACAAGAUUGAGUAAAACAAAGUAUGAGACAAGAGCAAUAAUCAAAUCAAAUAAUGUGAAGUGGCCCGUGACAUGAGAUAUUACAACCAAUAUCAGCUUUCUUUAUGUAACUUUUGUAAUGGUGUCCCUACAUGUUCACAAAAUGUUAAAAACAACUCAUACCCUGCAAUUUGAAAUGUUUGUUUAGUCAUAAUUCAAAUUUGAUACUAGUGUAACGUGCUUAUCUUACAUAGAAAAUUUUAAUUAGCACACUUUUUGGUUAACAUAUUCUCCGCACUACAACUAGAAUUUCAUUUAUAAAUUUGCAGCAUCAUAUACACGGAAUCACUAGCGAAAAAUGAUUCCUCUAAGCUCAUAUUUGACUAUUGUACUAAUAGCAGUUUUAUUUUCAUAUACAUCUUCUGCAGUUUAUUCUACUAGUAUUCAUGAAGAUAAUUUCCUUCAAUGUCUCUACACUUAUUCCCAUAACUCCAAUUCUUCAAUCUCUAAACUUGUGUACACAAAAACCAAUUCCGCUUACUCUUCAAUACUUCAGUUUUCAACCCAAAAUCUCAGAUUUGCAACACACACAACACCUAAACCCCUUGUAAUCAUCACACCUCAAGAAGUUUCACAUAUUCAAACAAUCAUAAUAUGUUCCCAAAACCAUGGCCUGCAGAUUCGGAUUCGAAGCGGCGGCCAUGACUUCGAGGGUCGUUCCUAUGUGUCCAAAGUUCCAUUUGUUAUCAUUGAUCUCACAAACUUUAGAGAGAUCAUAAUAGAUGUAGAAAACAGAUCUGCUUGGGUUCAAUCUGGUGCAACAAUUGGUGAACUUUACUAUAAAAUCAGUCGAAAAAGCCGAAAUCUUGGUUUUCCUGCUGGUGCUUGUCCUACAAUAGGUGUUGGUGGACACAUCAGUGGUGGCGGCUAUGGAACCGUGGUGCGUAAAUUCGGUCUUGCAGCUGAUAAUGUGAUUGAUGCUCACAUAAUUGAUGUGAAGGGUAGGUUUCUUGACAGAGAAGCAAUGGGGGAAGAUCUGUUUUGGGCUAUUAGAGGUGGUGGAGGAGCAAGUUUUGGUGUUAUAAUUUCAUGGAAGAUAAAACUUGUUCAAGUUCCCUCAAUUGUGACGGUGUUUAAUGUUCCAAAAACAUUGGAACAAAAUGCAACAAAGCUUGUUCAUAAGUGGCAACAUGUAGCAAGUAAAAUUGAUGAAAACAUGUAUAUUGGUGUUAUCUUGCAAAGGGUAAAUUCAAAGUCAAACUCAACAACAGUACAAGCUUUAUUUCAAUCCUUGUUUCUUGGAGGUGUAGAUAAACUCAUUCCCUUGAUGCAAGAGAAGUUUCCAGAACUUGGUUUGGUUAGAGAAGAUUGCAUUGAGAUGAGUUGGAUUGAAUCAGUUCUUAACCUUUAUGGAUUUCCUAAAGGAGAAUCACAUGAGGUGUUGCUCAAUAGAACACAAGCUACAAAGGAUAUUUUCAAAGUAAAAUCAGAUUUUGUGAAAGUUCCCAUUUCUGAAAAUGGAUUAGAAGGAAUAUGGCCUAUGUUUCAUGAAGAUGGUGCCAAAGAUGCAUUCAUGUAUCUUUUUCCUUAUGGUGGCAUAAUGGAUAAUAUUUCAGAGUCUGAAAUUCCAUUUCCACAUAGAUAUGGAAAUUUAUACCAAAUUCAGUACUCAGCUCAUUGGCAUGAGGUGGAAAAAAUGAAGUUUAAUUGGAUUAGGAAACUUUAUAGUUAUAUGGAACCUUUUGUUUCAAAGUCUCCAAGAGGUGCAUAUAUCAAUUAUAGAGACCUUGAUAUUGGAGUGAAUAACAUUAAUGGAUACACAAGUUAUAAGCAAGCUAGUGUUUGGGGUGUUAAGUACUUCAAAAACAACUUCAAAAGAUUGGCAAAUGUGAAGACAAGAGUUGAUCCUCUAAAUUUCUUUAGAAAUGAACAAAGUAUACCUUCUCGUUUUACCAAGAGAGGCAAGUAGAAUUUCUUGCAGUGAUUUAUCUUUUUCCUUAUGGUGGCAUUGUAGAAUUUCUUUAGCUGUUGUGAUGUUUCUCUUUUGUAUGUGUAUUUUUUUAUAAUGAAAGUUUAAAGAGUUGUGUAGGCUUCA